GCUUUCUCUGCCCUCGGGCUUGCGCGUUGUAAUAUUCCCGUGUUGUGCCAUAAUGGCAGUAUCGACUCCCUUUCAAUGCCUCACCCUCUCUCUCCUCAUCCUCCCUCCACUUUUUCUAGCAACUUACUUCCUCGCGCAAUUCCCGCACGCGCCGGAGGUCUCCUUCAUACACCCAUCUCUUGCCAGCCUCCCCCGAUCGUCUAAGACAUGGGAAAUAUACUCUGAGGAUUUCUACGACGGCGGCGCGUACAUCAAACUACCUUUCGGCACCGUCCGCUAUUGGUUGAUAGGUCCUGAGAAUGGCAAGAAGAUUGUUCUAAUACACGGACUAUCUGUUCCUGCUAUGAUUUGGAGGGACGUGGCGCCAGCGCUCGCGUCCAACGGCUUCCGCGUCCUUCUGUAUGACUUGUACGGACGUGGCUAUUCAGAUGCCCCUCAGAUGACAUACGAUGCGCCCCUCUACGCCACGCAAUUAGCUCUCCUCAUGCAGCACAUCAAGUGGGAAAAGACGCUCGUUGCGGGAGUAUCAAUGGGUGGCGGUAUAGCCGCGGCAUUUAACUCUUACUUUCCCCACCUAGUUGAUGGCAAGAUUGCCUUGAUUGCUUCCGCUGGGCUCAUAGAGUCAAGUGACAUGUCUCGGACAUCAAAAUUCAUGUCUUCCCCUCUUGUUCAAACAGUCACCUCAAGCUCUCCCUUCCGUGUCGUUCGCCUUCAAUCAGCGCAUCUACCCGGAUACAAUGCUGCCCUUGCCUCUUCCUUGAGAGAUGGUCCCAUCCGCGGUCUAUCCUCUGCUUUCAAAGAGAUGGGUGCAUCAAACCAUGACGUACUCCUUAUUUGGGGAACUGCAGACAACACAGUCCCAUAUAAAUAUGCUGCUCAAAUGCAAUCCCUCGUACCACAAUCCGAGCUGAUCACUAUCCAAGGUGGGGGACAUGAUCUCACGGUAUCUCACUCAGAGACAAUCAGUGUCGCCCUGGUACGCUUCUUUCAACAAAAUAAAAAAUAAUCCAUCUCCUCCAAGCUCCCGAGGAUACCAUAUGGCGUGGAUCCUUCGUGUACACACACCCUAAAGACUUUCCCGCCUCGUCACACAACAUCAUUCAUUUCCCUUCGCUCUCUUCGAACUUUGCAUGUUACAAUCCACUCAAGUUGUAAUCUCAACCCUUUCUGCAUCACUAUCAAGCCGUCUCCUUGUAAAUCCAUGCCCCCAUUCCCAUCUGCAUACCCGUUCACUCACCAGUCUCGACUGCAUGUUACCUUUCCACUGUCAUCUGACCUUUUGUCGUGUCACCUCUGCCAUCUAUAGUACCCAAAUUACGUUACGCUGUUCCAUUUGCUAUCUGUGUUCGUCGCCUUCCGGACCCAUACCCCGGACCCAUACCACAGACUUAUUAAUGUUGUCCCAUCACUUUUGCUCGUUUUUGGGCGUAUGGAUACCUUUUCUUCAGAAGAUCAGUUC